CAACCUCCCACCGCACACAAAAUGGGCAAAUCAAAAGCCAAACGGAAAUCGCAGAUUCCUGCGAUUGAAGGUCCCUCGAAGAAGCUCAAGACCUCCACAAUCAUCACUCCUCCUCCCGAAUUAGAUGCCGCCGAGCCAAAGACAAUACAGAGCAUCGGCCUCGCCACCGACGACCUUGAAAUCGCUAUUGACACUCUAAAUACAUUAGCAGAGAACCCAGCUGUCAUCAAAUCGAAAGCAUGCAAGGAUUUAAGGACAGCAGUCUACGAAUUCCGACAAGCUUGUACUACAGGCUUCAAUGCUUCUAUUGACUCGAAUCUCACUUCUCGAAUUAGCGGGGCACUUGCAGACGGAGGAUAUAUGGAGGCAAGGAUAUUGUUGGCGGAGAUGAGGAUAAGGGGUCAAAAACCAAAGCUGGGCGCUCUGUGUAGAUGGGUCAGAGAUCUGGAUGUUGUGAGUGGGUUGGCAGAGCAGAUUGCGGGAGAGACGAGGUCAAAGAGGGAGGAGGAUUUACUGGUUGUUCUGGAUGCUAUCUUACGCCUCACUGGUCCGACUGAUUAUGCUAUGGGAGGAUCAUCACACAAUGGCCCAAUUGUCCCAAGGCCGGUCUGGAAUUCGAGAGAUGGUUCGGAAAGGAGAAAGGUUUACGAUAGUGUUCAAGAUGGGACGAUCCUGAGUUGUGUCUCAAAGGAUAUCAAGUCACAGUUUCGAACCAUUGAAACGACUCCUGGUCUACUACGGAAACCUGCGAAUCACCACCCUGCAAUUCUAUGGGCCUCGAGAGACGAUGCUAUCCAACUUUCACCAAAUCGAACAGAAGCUACCCUUCACAAACACGAGAUUGUGCCAAACUUGCGUUUGCUCAAAGAUGUUUUGACACCGAGUGAGUGCGAGCAGAUUAUUGCAGCUGCAGAAACGAUAGGAUUCACGCCAGAUGCUCCGAUUCGUGCAGAAGGAGAAGAAAUCAGUAUCUUGGCACAUAACUUCUAUUGGAUUGUCGAUACAGCUUUCUGUACAAAGCUCUGGGAACGAGUUGCUGCUUUGGUUCCAAAAGAUGUUGGUGGGAAGAAAGUCAGGGGUCUCAACCGCAGGUUCCGUGUCUAUAGAUACGUACCUGGUGCGGAGUAUCGUGCUCAUAUUGAUGGUGCGUGGCCUCCUUCCGGCAUCGACCCAAUCAACGACACCUACAUCUACGACUCUUCUCUACCAGAUGCAAAGCAAUCCUCAUUGUUUACCUUCCUAAUAUACCUAAACGACGAGUUCGAAGCUGGAGAGACGACCUUCUUCCUACCAAGUGCAAGAGAGGGAAGCAUGAAUGCAUACUCGGUCAAGCCUAUACAAGGAAGCGUAGCAAUGUUCCCGCACGGCGAGACGGAAGGAAGCUUGUUACAUGAAGGUACAGGUGUUCGGCAGGGAAACAAACCAUCGGCGAAGUAUGUCAUUCGUACGGAUGUUUUGUAUGAUGUUGAUACGUAAU